UUCCCGCACAGACCUACUUGGCAAUCAUUUUGCUUUCGUCACAACAUGGCGACUCAAGUACGGGAUAGUGUUGGAGCGGCUAGUCUCAACUUACAUAUCGGUAGUACUGAGCAGCAGUUUGAAAACGCAGUGAUGGAAGCAACUGAUGUAUGUGGUAUGGGUAGAAGUUCUGCUGCGAGAGACUGCAUUGAACCAGAUAGUCUGUUCCAGGACUCUGAUUGUAAUCUUAUAGGUGAUGCAGUGGCACAAGAUGAUGAGCAUUGUGGAGCAGCGAACAAGGUGCUAGAGGACACUAUAUGCUGUGCCAAAGAGUGUAGAGGAGAGACUCCAGGUAGAGAAGAUACCCGGAUAGAUCCACCUGAUGGAGAGCAAGAUGCAACAAUUGAGAAGAACAAAGAAAAAACUUUAGGAAAAGAAGUGUUAUUGCUGAUGCAAGCUCUGAACACACUGUCUACUCCAGAAGAAAAACUAGCAGCACUUUGCAAAAAAUAUGCUGAUCUGGUAAGAGUUUAUCUUAAAAGGUGA